AUGAAUAAUAUAUACGAUUCCAAUGAAAACUUGUGUGAGGAAUUCUUGGAUGAAAAUGCUUCAGUAUCAUGUGUGAAGAGAAGUCUAAAUAUUGAUAAGAACAUGUCAAAAUCUCCUUUUCACAGUAACCCUAGAUGUAAGGAUAAAUUCCAGGCUAAUGGAGCAUCGAUUAGCGAAAUUUUAACUAUGGACCAAGCUUGCCAUGAGGAACAAGUGAAAGGAGAAGCUCUGAAGAAAAUUAACAAAGUGCUGCCUCUAAAAAAAUUAGCAUCACAAGAGCUUCCUAAGCCAUCAAAGUUGCAAUGCGACAUCAAAGAGCUUCUCCAAAAAGCCAUAAAAAUCAGAGGCCAUUCCCCAAAGGGCGUUGGUUGUAACCUAAAUGCUAAAGAGUCUAAGCCAAAGAAGUGUGCUCGCUUGCUGCCUGUGACGAUGAGAGAGAUCGAAAAGGCACAAUAAUUAACAUCAUUAACUCUAAUUAAUAACCCAAUUAAUCUGA